AUGGCAGGAAGGUUAGCUAAAGAGGAGCAAAUGUUUCCACUUCUUUCAAGACAGAAAAUUAUAUAUGGCAAUGCCUCUUCCAUUAGAGCAACGCCAACACAGAAAAACACAACUUCUGGGAUCAGAGUCGCAGCACAUCUUAAAAAUCGGAUCCAGAUGCGUACCAUUGAUCGCUCAGAAAAGGUGGAUGUCAUUAGAGCACCACCAGUAGAGAAAUUGGUAGAUUUACCUCCUGGAAUCAAAUUCCCAGUGUGUCCUAAACAUCCCAUCCAGUUCUGUACCACCAAGCUUUCACAAAAGCUACAUAAGACGGGUCCAACAUUUGACCUUGAGGAUCCACAACACCAUUUGUUUAAGACAACCUACAAUAACUUACAUGACCCACACUUAAAGCAAUAUUUCAACCGUAAGAAGAUCAAACAACGGCUACUUGAUGGUGGAUUUAUCACCAGUGAUAACCAGAUUAUUUGCACUUUAAAGGAAUAUAAUCAAUACAGGGAGUACCUCUCAAGCCUACACAGAAAGGAAAUGAAAAUAAUGUUGGAGAAACAAGAUUCUGUCCAAAGCAAUGGUAUUCCUAAGAUAUCAGAGAGAAAACAAUUUUACUAAAUCAGAAAGGAAUUCUUCCUGUUAAUUUCGUCACAAGUGGAUUCCCUGCAAAUGAUAAACAGUCCACAGAUAUGGGAAUGUGUCAUCAUAUGAAGAGUUGUUAAGAAGUUAAAAUUUGAAGUUUUUCUUUUAAGAAACACUCUAGGCAGUGUAACAAUUUAAACAUUAUAUUAGUUAUAGUGCUUGCAGCCCCGUGGCUCCAUUCCUGUGUUCAAUGUUCAACCAUGUCUGAAUAGUUUAACAUUCGAUGAGAGGCCCGCUGCAUGGCCCUUGCUUGGAUGAUGGUUACAAUGUUGUUACACUGUAGUUACACUUAGCCAUGCCAGCAAUGGGUGUCUGUGACAGUCUGUGAGCCGUCAGCUGUUACUCAAACCAUGCCACUGCUGCUUGGCCUAAUGUGAAUGUUUGUGCCUGAGCACCAGAGGAGCUGGGCAGCGGGCAUCCGAGGACCCUCAUACAAUGUUAAACUAUUUGAAUAUAUUUUAAGAGUGAAAAAGGGACAGCGCCAGGGUACUACAGACACCUUAAGCAUUGCAAAGAGACUGCCUUUAAUCAUACACGAGUUGUUUGCUGGUCGUACUACCUUUGUACAAAAAGUGGACAAACUUCAUAUUUUAUCUGCUAAAUCAGUCUUUCAUAUCAUGAA